UUAGUUUCCAAAAUAAGCGGAGAUCACAUUCGGAUGCUUGAUCUAUAUCCCUGAACACUUCUGUCAUAUAACGGUCAUGUUCGGCUAUUAGUUCGUUUCUAAAUUGCCUUUUAGCCCGUUAGUAAUCUUUGUAGGACUCGUGAGACAUUCCCCUCGGACGGCCUUCGGCUAGCCAGAUUUUUCUCUUUAGACGCUCUGUUUCGUGGAGCUCUUUGACCUUAGGAGUCCACUCCGGUUUAAGGCACAUUGUGGUAAAAUGUUGUGGACAGCGUUCAUACUGGUUGGCUUUGUAGCUCAUGCAUUAGGUGGCCAUAACCCUUGUUGUUCAUACCCUUGUGAAAACAACGGAGUAUGCAUGACCCAAGGAGAAAACUAUUACUGCGACUGUGCAAAUCUGGACUUCUAUGGCAAACACUGUGAAAUUCCUACAUUCAUGAAGCGGAUCAAACUGUUUUUUAAGCCUAGCCAUGAAACACUCCACAGAUUUCUGACAUCUAAUAAAUGGUUCUGGACUAUUAUCAACAAUGUUCCAUUUCUUGCUAAUGCAGUGAUGAGAUCAAUUUAUGUCGUGCGGGCAGCUAUGUUAGAGAGUCCACCACCGUAUACCUCUGAGCACGAUUACAUCACAGUGGAAGCCAAUUUCAACUACAGUGUCUUCACCCGCGCCUUGCCCCCUGUACCAAAGGAAUGUCCUACGCCUAUGGGAGUAUGGGGAAAGAAGGAGCUACCCCCAGCAGAAGAGAUUGUGAAAGCGUUUUUUACCAGAAAGGAGUUCCUUCCCGAACCUAUUGGAACAAAUCUUCUGUUUCCUUUCUUUGCUCAGCACUUUACGCAUACGGUCUUCAAAACUGACAUUAAGAAAGGGCCACAGUUUCAAUGGGGACGGCAUGGGGUAGAUGCGUCUAAUAUAUACGGAGAAGAUCGAAAUUCUCAGAAUAACCUCAGAUCCUUCAAAGACGGAAAACUAAAAGUCCAGAUCAUAAAUGAUGAAGAAUGGCCACCUUUGACUUCUGAAGCUGAUGUUCCAAUGAGAUAUCCAAAGGAGAUAAAGAAAACCAAUCGGUUUGCUUUGGGGCACUCCUUCUUUGGUCUUGUACCAGGGCUGUUCAUGUAUUCCACAAUCUGGUUACGAGAACAUAACAGAGUGUGUGACAUCCUGAAAAAGGAGCACCCAGAAUGGAAUGAUGAGAGAUUAUUUCAAACUGCCAAGCUGGUGAUUGUAGGUGAAACUCUUAAGAUUGUCGUAGAGGAUUAUUCAAACCAUCUCACCAACUUCAAUUUUCCUUUAUUUUUUAAACCCGAGCUGUUGUUUGGACAAGACUUCCAGUAUCAGAACAGAAUUUCUUUAGAAUUCAACCAUGUUUAUCACUGGCAUCCCUUGGUGCCGGACGAGUUUAACAUCAGUGGAACUAUAUACAACAUGAAAGAGUUCCUGUAUCACCCAGAGAUUGUCGUUAAACAUGGAUUGCGAGACUUUGUAGAUUCUAUGAUAAAACAGAGAGCCGGACUAGUUGGUCCCCGUAAUCAUGGCCGCGUAACUAUCCCUGUAGUGUUGGAUCUUCUCAAACAUGGACGCACCUUAAGGAUGCAGUCAUUCAAUCAGUACAGAAAGAGAUUUGAUAUGGAGCCUUUCAAGUCUUUUGAGGAACUGACUGGGGAAAAGAAAUUUGCAAAGCAGCUUGAAGAAUUCUAUGGUGAUAUCAAUGCUGUGGAAUUUUAUGUAGGAAUGAUGCUGGAGAAAAGACUUCGAUUUGAUUCUUUGUUUUCGGCUACGGUUAUACAGUUUGUCUCUCCAUUUUCUUAUAAGGGUCUAAUGACCAAUCCAAUUUGUAGUCCCAAGUACUGGAAACCUUCUACGUUUGGUGGGGAGGUUGGGUUCAACAUAAUAAAAACUGCUUCUCUUGAAAACUUAAUCUGUAAAAAUAUUAAAGGAGAAUGUCCCGCAGUAUCAUUUAAAGUCCCAGACUAUGUUGAGGGAGAUGUAACAGAAUUCGUCAGCCAAAAACUAGAAUUAUAACUCUGUAUCUUAUUAAGGUCUUCUGUUUCAACGAAGUGUCUUCUACUAAAACUAGUAUUGCUUGUUAAGAUUAUUAUUGUCUAUUUCCAGGGUACUAAAAAAAUUCAACUUAUUUCCAAACUUAAAAAAGAUUUGAUACUGUUAUCAAAUAUUUAAGAAACAGGUCGUGUCCAUGUUUUGACGUUUUGUAAAGCUGAACCCAGAAUAAUUCAGAUACAUGUAUUGUUAAAAAGACAUUUUAAGUUGUUCAGUUGUUAAUUCUUUAACAUAUACAAAAAAUAAAUUGGUUUCUUAAUCUUUUUUCAUACCAUUGCAUAAAAUCUACUGAUAUUUUAAAAACAAAACCCAAAUCAAAUGUAAACAAAAUCAAAUUUUAAUAUAAUUAUUAAAGGGGCAUGGUCACCAAUUGAGCUUUAAUAUAUUUUUCUUUUCUUUUUUGUUAUUCACGUUUUAGCCAAAAGCUUGAGCAUGUCUUGUCAAGUUUAUACUAGUACGUAUCCUUUUUUAAAGCCCUACGAAAUAAUAAUAAUCACAUUGAGCUAUUUUUUUAAUUUAUUGCCCAUCAUAUAGUACAACGAAGAAGACAUUUCUUUACAAGAAGCAAGGAAUCAUAUGUGAGGUACAAAAAAAGGAUACAGGUUUAGAUUGGUUUUAAUUCAAGGAUGUUUUUUUUUUUUUUCUUAUUGUGUUUUAUUUUAAUACAGUUUAAAAUUUGUUUUAACUUAAGGACGUUUUUUGGUUUAUGUUUUUUCUUAUUGUGUAUUAUUUUAUUCUCUUGAAGGUUUAUGCAAUAGUGUAUUUCUAUAUAA